AUGCGAAUUGAAGUCAUCUUCCUGGGGGAGUUCGGGCGGGAGGAAAAUGUGAUGAAUCAAGUACAUAACUGCGUCAUGGGACAGUUCCAUCGUUUCGGGGGCCAUGGUGACUACCGGGUUAAGCGCAAUAAUCCAGCUAGAAAGACACCGGGCCGUGAAAGCCCGGUGGGUGAAAGGAACCCUUCUAGCAAGCUUUCAAGAUCGCUUCCAAGGCUACCACCUCACAAUGGUGGUCGUUGGAGGCCUCAAAAAUCCGCGCAUGUUGCCAAAUUGUUGGCUGCAGAGCACGAGUCUACCGAGACGUGCUGGAAUGUUGGGCCAGUGGGUAACCUGGGAAUGUUGUCGCGGGCGGAAGCAUGCCAUAAGAUUGGGUCAACGUUCAAAAACCACGUUCAAGUUACUCCGGUUGUGAGUGCACUCUGUGCUGCCAGCGCAGUUACAAUAGCUUCUGUAGCUAGUGCCGAAGAUAAGCUGAAGAUAGAUGUAAACUUACGUAUUUCCAUGAUUCACAACACUCUUGGGUUUGCCACCCAUCCGGGCCAGAGCAGUCAGAUCGUUUCGAAACUGAAAGUUGGAAGGCAGAGUAGCUGCAUUGGAUUGAUUGCCCAGCAAAACCAGCUGCGUAUGGAUGACGGCAUCGUGGUGUACUGUACUAGGAAUCAACAGAUAAAAAUCACGGGUAACGCAGCACGGAUAACGGCGAUUCAAGUGAUUGAUAGUUCUGAUGGCAGAUUUAUCCUAAGUGGCUAUGGACCAUAUCUCCAACUAGUUGAUGAGGCCAGAGGUACUCUGCUGGAUCGGAUUCAAAUAUUUGAGAGAAACACCGUCCAUGGUAUUCAACUUGCCAAUUUGGCGUUUGCGAAAUCCGCUGUCAAUGUUACCAGCUUUCUCGUUUGGGGUGGUCAGUCCUUCCGACUAUUCACGUUAGAGGUCGGCAACCUUGGAAGUUGUUCACUUUCAGUUUCCAGCCCGGAGUGUGCAGCUCCUGACUGGAUCCUGAAUGCAAAUUUCUAUCGUCCAGAGGACAAUGAUCUAAACUCCUCCAUAGCAAAUAGAGCUUGUUUGAUAACUGCACAUAAUGUUCUCUUUGGGUUAAAAUGGGAAGAUGACUCUAUGACAUACCAGGCGGACAUUCGACUGCGCCAGAUUGGAACGGGAUUGAAGUCGGUCCUAUAUUCUGCUGAUGUUUCAUGGCUAUCACCGGAACAGAUUCUCGUGGCUGCAGGAACGGUCUUUGGGGAAAUAGUUGUUUGGUCAUCUCGCCUUCCUACUACGCAGAGGUCUAUUUUCUGGGGAAACUCUUCCGUUACUAUCCAUCAUCUCUUCACUGGACACGAUGGGUCAAUUUUUGGAGUGGAUAUAUCUCCCGAAAUCCGCUGGCCGAAUGGCAACCAGACUCGAAGGUUCCUGGCAAGUUGUAGCGACGACCGAACUAUACGGAUUUGGGAUAUUUCGGACUGUUCUUCGCCUCUUGCAACCAAAAAACAUGAAAAGGCAGCAGCAAGACCUGCAACUCGCUCUACCGGAUUUGGAAAUAUUUUCCGUGAUGAUUUGGAUAUCGACCCGGAAGCCUGUAUUGCGAAAGCGUGGGGUCACACCUCUAGGAUUUGGAAGGCGAGCUUCGUGGAUAUAACUAUUUCACCGCAAGCAACCUGUUUGAAACUCGUGUCUCUCGGCGAAGACGCUUCCUGCCAAGUUUGGCGCUUGAGGUUGCAAUGCGACUCGCAGGUUGAAGAACCCCUUGCCUCAUAUAAACAUACAAUUCUUCAACAUAUGUCAACGCAUGCCUACCAUACUGGAAAGAAUAUUUGGUCCAUGGCAGUGCAUAAUUCACCGGACUCGACGACAGUGUACUCCGGAGGUGCAGACGGAAGUGUACACUCAUUCGUUAUUGGGACAAAUGAGGCGUCCUCUAAACAUCGGUCGCGAAUACGGACAUACGAUAUAUAUGAUCUUUCACAACAUCUCCCUGUGUCCGUCGGCUCCAUGCCUGGUAAAGCACGGAGACAAAAAUCAGAUGACAGGUUAAAUCGAUAUGCAUUUGUUUCUGAAACUUGUAUUCUUGGGUUAUCUUCCCAUGGUAAGCUGAACGUGGGUCACAUUUCAGAUCUGGAAAGUAUAGAGCCUCAACAGAUGGAUCAGAAGCACGCCCCAGCAAUCUCCUGGGAGAAUAUUGAGGUUCUGGAUUCACCCGGAUCUCAGUUUGCUAUGGCUGGCCAUCCAGAGCUAGGGAUUGGGAUGAUCGGUGAUGUGAAAGGUACUCUGUGGUGGUACAGAAAUGACACUAGGGGAAUCCUUACAUUGGUUCAGUUGGAAAAGAAGAUAACAGGCAUAUUUUUCGCAUCCUCACAGACCAAAUAUGAUAAUAACAUUGACCCUAUGUCUUCAAUCGCUGUGGUCACUACAUCUCUGGGGACACCGAGCACAAAUCUAUUUUUGAUCCCUGACAAAAAUUUUCCUGGGAACUUUACGAGGAUAUCCUUGGAUGUGCCUCCCACAUUCCUGACGACAAGCGCUGCUUUCAUUGGACACAAGUUUCUCUUAAUAUUAGGGGCUAAAACAGGGCAUCUAAGUGUUUUUGACCUUAAAAAUGCCAAGGACCCUACUCCCUGUGUUCCAGCGCUUACCGUUUUCAACUUACAUGCAAGGGACACUAUAACGUCAGUCACUCCACUACCACAGCCUCAGCUCCAGGAGGAACGAAUUUUGACUACGGGAAGAGAUGGGUACUAUUGUAUUCACUCAUUAGCUGGGACAGGGGAUCCGAAAUCUCCUUGGGCACUACAGACCAUUCAUAAAAUGACUCCACCAUUUGGACCCUAUAUUGAAGGUGGUUACUUCGAUAAAGCCACGAACCAUUUGAUUCUCUUCGGAUUUAAAAGCACGGAGUUUAUCGUAUGGAAUGAAUCAACCCAAACCGAACGAGCAACUAUUGAAUGCGGUGGUGCUCAUCGAAUCUGGGCCUACAACCCAUAUCACGCUGGUGAUUCAAGCGAGGUUUUUGCGUGGACCAAAGCAUCUACCUUUAACUUGUUUAGAAAAACAUCCGUGCUACACCGUGCUGUGACGCUUGGUACCCAUGGGCGAGAGGUAAAAGUAGCGGCUAUUUCGGAGGCUCUUUUCGAAGACGGAGGCAAUAAACAUAGGAUUAUUGCUACUGGAGGUGAGGACACCUUAAUUCGCAUAUCCGUUUUCGAAGAAAUGACUUCUUCCAAGUCGCGGGCCAGCUUGGCUUGCCUGCGAAGUUUGAAAAAGCACAAUGCGGGUAUCCAACACUUACAAUGGUCGCCAUGCGGAAAGUUUUUAUUCAGCAGUGCGGGAGCUGAAGAAUUCUAUAUCUGGAGACUUCGAUCUAUUCGCGGCUUCGGGAUGGGGGCCAUUUGUGAGGGAGAAUGUCCAAAGACAGCAGAAGAUUCCGACUUACGGAUCACAAGUUUUGAUGUACUGCAGACCGCCACCCACGAUGAGACAGAAAAUUCGUUCCUGCUCUGCUUAGCGUAUUCUAACUCAACUGUCAAUACGUCUACAGAGCCGCGGCCGGUAAACUGGCAACAUCGGUACUGCAUUCAUCAAAGCAGCGUCAAAGCCAUGGAGAUAUCUCCUUUAUCUAAUGGAGAAUGCCUAAUUGUGACUGGCGGGGACGAUAAUGCCAUUUCAGUUUCCCGCCUUAGAAUAGGCAAUGGUGCGAACUCGGACCAUGCCAAAAAUUCAUUUUCUACAAUAUCACUACCCCAAGCACACGCGUCGGCUGUAACUGCUAUGUCUGUCCUGGAGAAGCCGGCCCGACUAGUAAGUAUGUGCCAGCAAGAUUAUGCCGUAUUUGAGUUGCUCAUCGCAUCGACUGGAAACGACCAGCGUCUUAAACUCUGGUUAGUUGAAUUGGACUUUGCGAGAUCUGGCGAGGAUGGAAUUCGCGUAUCCCUGUUGCAAGAUGUGUACACUUCAGUAGCAGAUAUGUCGUCGAUGAGCAGCUUCAGAACGCAUAUUGGCAGGGGUGACAACAAUGAGCUGAGGACAUUGAAAAUUUGUUUACUUCUUUGCGGAGUCGGGGUAGAUUUGUGGUUCUUGAGGAUGGCAUGA